CUCCCUUUCUUGUCCGUAAACGCAGCAUUGCUAUCUGCUUAAGUGAAGCGGCUAGCCGCGAGCUAACUGACUAAAGUCUGUUUUUUUAAUUAUAUAAACAGUCACAGUGAUCACAGCUAUGUCUUUUAAGAGGGAAGGAGAUGACAAGAGUCAGCUGAACAUCCUGAAGAAACGCAGAGUGGCGGAUCUGCUGUCUCAUUUUGUCCCAGAGGAUGAAGCAGCUCUGCUGAAGAACGGAAGGUACACCUGCCUCGUGUGCUCCUACCGGCCUGUGUUUGACACGGUUGACAUGCUGACAGUUCACAGGAAGGGGAAGAGACACCUGGAAGGGUUAAAAUCUUUCUAUGGAAAGAAAGCACGGCUGAAGAAUGAAAUAACUAAAAGGCAACAUGAAAACUACGUCCAGACUGAAGACACGAGACAGGAACCGUCCUGUUCAGCCCCUUUACUGGCACAGACACGGAAGCUCACACAUCACGCUUUAUUGAAGACUGUACCAUACAACAGCUGCCAUAGAAAAACCAGUACAAAAUCUGAAAAACCAUCGAACAUCAGUUCCAAUCCCAGAGACAAAACAACGACUGAGCGAGAAGAAGAAUGUUGGAAAGCUGAAGCUUCAAACGGUUUAUCACAAAGCAGCUCUAGUGGCUGCACAGCAGCCAAUAAAGCGUCACAUCCAUCAGAAGACGUAAAACACUCUGAGGCUGCAGUGACACAGGAAGCAGAGCCCAUAACAGCCCAGAGGAGGAGAGAGCUGGAGCACUACCUCAAACUGAAGAGUGAGGGGUGGCUGCAAGACCGGAGCGGCAAGUGGGUCAAAGACGAGAAUGUGGAGUUUGAUUCGGAUGAGGAGGAUCCUCCUUCGCUUGACCCCCUACCUACAAGUCACUGAGAGGACUAAGAACUGUGGGAAACACAGAUUAACUUGUACCACAGUGGUACGUUCAUAAACCUCUGGAGCUCCACGGCAUGCAAGUCCUUCCUUAAACUGAUUUGUACCAUCCAUCAACCUUUCACCGAACUACUCAGUUUGCUCAUGUCAAAGUCAAAUUAAAAAGUGGAUCUGUAAAACCUGUUGCCUUCACUUUCAGUUCCAAAUAUGUUGAACUAACCUCAGGGUCUGUUUACAAUAUGUCUGAUUGUCUGGCUGCAUGUGCUUCUUGUCA